UUGCCUGUGGAAGCAAACUUACAGUAUAAGCAGGAUCUUCAAGAGUUAGUCAUGGAAUGGAGCAGCAAUAUUGAACUCCGAAAUGAAAGUGAUGACAGAAGGGAAAUGGAUGUACUUGACAUGUUGCAACCUCAUAAAAACCUGAAAGUACUGAAAAUUGAAUUCUAUGCAGGCAUGGCAUUUCCGAGUUGGAUUGGGCAUUCUUCAUUUUCCAAACUCAUGAGCUUGACUCUCAAAAGUUGUACCAAAUGCUCAUCAUUGCCAUCACUUGGAAAGCUGCCCUUUCUUGCAGAUUUGUGCAUUGAAGGCAUACACAGUGUAAAAAGUGUAGGUCUAGAUUUCUAUGGGGGAGAUUUCUCUAUCACACCUUUUCCAUCCUUGAAGACAUUAACAAUCAGUGAUAUGCCAGAAUGGGAGGAUUGGGCUUCGACAAUAACAGAAGAUGCUUUUGGCAGUGAAUUCCCUUGCCUCUGUGACCUUCGCAUGAGGAAUUGUCCUAAGUUGAUACGGAGAUUGCCAAACAACCUACCAUCACUUGUAAAACUUGACAUUAGUAAAUGCCCAUUGUUGGAAAUUCAGCUUCGUAAUCUUUCAUCUCUCUGUGACUUGAGUUUGGAAGAAUGUAAUGAGGUGGCAGUAACUGGUCUCACCUCAUCUUCACUUACCAACUUGCAACUUCGAAACAUUUCAAAUUUUAGCCAUUUGCCUGGAAGAUUCAUGCAAUGCUCACCAGCACUUAAAGUCAUGCGCAUUAUUAAUUGCAGUGAACUGAUGACUUUAAGGCAGACUGGAGAUCAAAUGCUGCCCAGUAGAGUUGAGCAAUUAGAACUAUGUAACUGCAUUAACUUGAAACAACUGCCAGAUAGGCUCUUCAGCUUCGCAUCACUUGCAGACUUGAAGAUCAAGCGAUGCCCAAAACUUGUGUCUUUCCCAACGUUGGAGUCUCCAUUCAUGCUUAGACAUCUCAUUAUUGAAGACUGUGAAUCUCUGGAAUGCCUACCUGAUGGAAUGAUGACGCAUACAAACAAUGGGAUCAACAAUAUUUCCCAUCUUGAAAGCUUGGAAAUCAUUAAAUGUCCAUCUCUCAAAUCUUUUCCAAGAGGUCAGUUACCAACCAGCCUAAAGGUACUCAAGAUUUGGGAUUGCAUGCAGUUGGAAACUCUUCCUGGAAUGAUAUUGCAGAACACCAUGUCACUUGAGGGCCUUAGUGUGAGGAAAUAUUCAAAUUUGAAAACAUUACCUGAGUGCUUGCAUUGCCUUACUCAGCUUACUGAACUGCACAUAAGCUAUUGUGCUGGUCUAGAGUUGUUCCCAGAAAGAGGCCUACCUGCUCCAAACCUGAGAAGGUUUUAUGUCUUCUAUUGUCCAAAUCUCAGAUCCCUACCCGAAAACAUGCGAAGCCUCACAGCACUCCAACAUCUAGGAAUAUCUACUUGUCCAGGUCUUGUUUCAUUUCCUGAAGGUGGGUUACCCUCCAACCUAACAUCAGUCCGGAUCAAUAAUUGUGAGAAUCUCCCACAUCUAUCUGAGUGGGGGUUACACAGAAUUCUGACACUCAAGUAUUUAACUAUUUCUGGCGGAUGGCCAAAUUCAGUGUCUUUAGCACAAGAUUGUUGGCUUCCUGCAUCUCUAACAUAUCUUCGAAUUGGAAAGCUCAUCAAUCUAGAGUCUUUAUCCAUAAGGCUUCAACACCUCACCUCACUUGAGGUACUAGAGAUUUCAAAGUGUCCAAAGCUCCGUUCCUUGCCAAAGGAAGGGCUCCCUCCAACCCUUCCUUUCCUAGAAAUUCUGGACUGUCCUAUUCUCAAAAGACAGCUGCUGAAGAAGGGAAAAUAUGCAUCUAUUAUAGCCAAUGUACCUUGCGUGGAGAUUGAUGAAGUGUUGCUGCAAUAAAAAAUAAGCAUGACAAGUUCUCAGUACUCUAAAAGCGAAGAGCAACCCAAGCUUGAUCAAAGAGUCUCUACUCUCUACCCACCUGCAGCAGAAAUAAACGGAUAAUUGAUAGAGCUAAAAGUUGAGACUUGAAGGGAGAUAGACUCAGAAUUAUCAAUUUGCUUUGAGGGGAUCCCUGUUUAAAAGAGGCUAUAAAUGGUUAUACCAUAGCUGGAACAAAUUUUGAAGAGCUAAGGUAUAAUUGGAACAGAAUUCUAUUUGUGUUGGUUUAGUCGUGGUAACAAUUCAUACACCAAAUUGACAUUUCCUUUAUCAAGUGCUGUAAUAGUAUCAUGAAUAUAAUAUUUUGCAUCUUAUAAUAAAGUUUUACUUUUCACUUUUCAGUA